AUGGGUGGAUACGAAAGUCAUUCACCCAUUUGGGAGGAAAUACCAAUGCCGACGGAACAAUUCGCAGUACUAUGGCUGUUAUUUGCGGUAAUAGUCGCUGGCAAUACUGCUGUUCUCGCCGGACUUCUGCUAGGAAAACGCAGGAAAUCCCGGAUGGAUUUUUUCAUCAAACAAUUAGCAUUUGCGGAUCUACUAGUCGGCCUAAUAUCCGUACUGACGGACAUAAUCUGGAGAACGACGGUCACGUGGUAUGCAGGAAAUGUAGCUUGCAAGCUGAUAAGGUUUAUGCAGGCCGUAGUGACCUACAGCUCGACUUAUGUCCUUGUGGCUCUGUCAAUCGACAGAUACGACGCCAUUACCCGCCCGAUGAAUUUCUCCGGCAGCUGGUGGAGAGCUCGAGCUUUGGUAAUUACGGCUUGGGCUCUAUCAGCGUUAUUCAGUUUGCCAAUGAUAUUUCUAUACGAAGAGAAACGAAUACAGGGUACGACACAGUGCUGGAUCGAUUUGGCCUCCCCGAUCCAAUGGAAGAUCUACAUGAGUUUGGUGAGUUUCAGCCUCUUUAUAGCGCCCACCCUGAUAAUAGGAGGCUGUUACACAGUCAUCGUGGUCACAAUAUGGUCGCAAGGAGCAGCGCUACGUCAGGGACCGACUAGAGACACGAGGGCGAAAAUCAAAACCGUUAAAAUGACUUUCGUCAUAGUUUUCGUGUUUAUCCUUUGCUGGAGUCCGUACAUAGUCUUCGAUCUCCUUCAAGUUUAUGGGCAUGUACCCAAAACUCAGACGAAUAUCGCAGUCGCCACUUUCAUACAAAGUUUGACGCCGCUCAAUUCAGCCGCUAACCCGAUUAUUUAUUGCCUUUUCAGUACUCCAUUCUGUAAAAACGUACGGAACAUGCAGGCAAUAUCCUGGAUUUCGGGUUGGUGCCCGACAAAUUCGCAUCACUGCUUCGGUAUCGGAGCGACGAAUAGCAGUACGAGAACGACCGUGACGACGUCCCUGACGGCACAGUCCUCCCGCAGAAGUGGACACUUUACUAUGUUGCACUCUACGUCGCGGAAACGCGUCAUGGUCUCUCUGGUCUAGAGUUCACGAUGUCUGAAAUAUGGUUGCAUCAAUUUCUUUGCAGAUUUAUAUUCUACAUCGAAAUGGACUUUUAGUAGUUUUACUUGCCUAUGCUAGCGAUUAAUUAUUAUUAGAGGAGAAACAUAACUCAUCUUUCUUAUGGAUCAUAUAGAAAAGUCAAUUAUUUUUUUGCAGGCAAAUGUUGUACCGAUUUGAAAAUACAUAGUUACCAGAUAUAUCCGAGCGUUCUCUACAUCUUCCAUAUAAUAAUUUUUGCAAAAAGGAAAAUCUAUUAAUGAACGAUUGCAAGAAUUUUCUUGUUUUGAAAAAGUUUUCGCUUUUACAAUAUACCCUUUAAUAUCGUUUGUAUGUAUAUAAUAUUUUUCUUACAACCGAUUUUCAAUAAUAUUGCUGAGAUCAGUCCGCUUUCAAUAAGACAUGAUAAUCAAGAACAUGACAAUUAUCUUAAAUUAAAAAUAAAAUUAUGCUCUAAUAAUAUGUUUGAUAUUAUAAAUUGAUGUCUUCUCGAUUCGAUAACAUGUAAUUUUCUAUACGUAAAGUGUAAUAACAAUUGUAAAUGAUUUGAUAUUGUAAAGUUUCACAUAAAAGUCUUCUAAUUUUUAAUUAAAAGCUAUCAAAGUGGUUAUAUAUAUUAAUGAAAAAUAGCAUACAUUUUUGUAUCUAAGUUGUAGCAAUUUAACACCUAUAAUUUUUGUUUCAAUAUAGAAUAUACAUCCAUACCCGUGCAUGUAUAUGUACGUGUAUGUAUAUGUGUAUACGGGAUAUCUCAGAUUGUUGCUUAAUAUUUAAUAUUAAAAUAUUUGAUAUAAAUAAAUAUUUAAUAUUCGACAGAGAAUGUAUAUUAAAUAUUAAUUAAUUAUACAUUUUUAACUAAAGUGCAAAAAUAAUUUAAAUCUUAUAGCAAAGCAGAAUCAUACAAAAGCAAACGGAGGCAGCUAACAAAUAUUUUCUGUAAUAAUCUUUGUAAUAUUAUCCGCGAUAAAUCUCUCGUAUAACUUCCUAACACCGUCCAAUAAAAAAGAACUGAUAACGCGCUGAGAAAGGGAAGGUUCUUCUACUAUAUAGGUUAAUUCAUAAAUUGCACACAAAGUACGCACUAUUCUAUUCAUUAUUGUGAAUUUGUCUUCGUGCAAUCAUUUAUAUAUUUUACGAAUCAUUUAAAAGUGAUUUUUUUCACAUUAGAAGACAAUAUCAUAAAUAUCGAUAAUUUUCUAUGCUAACAAUAA